CUUCCAAACUCUAUCUCUCUCUCUCUCUCUCUCUCUCAAUUUCCCAGAUGAUUGGUUUCUUCCCACCCUCCUCUUAAAAACCACCACCACUCCUCCUCCGCCGUCUCCGCCACCCAAACCCGCAUUCUAUAUUCAAUCCCUCUCAUACCCCAUGGGAGAGCAAACUCAGGUCCAAGCCCAAUCCCAGCCUCACACCCCUUCUCAAUCCCAGACCGAACCUCACUCCGACUCUCCUCCGCCGCCGCCGAACCAUGGCUCCAUCUCCACCACCACAAUCGCCGAACCAACUCCCACCGACCUCACCAAUGCUCCUCCUCCUCCCCUAACCUCCUCACCCCCUUCCAAAAUCCCCUUCCGCCCCCGUAAAAUCCGCAAGCUCUCCCCCGACACCUCCGACCCGACUCCACCUCACCAACAACAAGAACAACAACUCCAACUCGCCACCGUCAGCACCUCCCCCGAGAAUCCCAAGCCCAAGCCCAGGCCCCGAAAGCCCAAGAUCAUCCAUUCCCGCCCCGUCCAGCCACGCGCUCUCUCCCUCCCCCGACCCCUCGGCCGGCCUCUCCGCGCCGAGGGCGAAGUCGAAUCGGCGAUCCGACAUCUUCGCAACGCCGAUCCGCUUCUAAUUCCGUUAAUCGAGGCCCACCAGCCACCUCAGUUCGACAACUUCCACACUCCUUUCCUCGCCCUAACCCGAAGCAUUCUCUACCAGCAACUCGCUUACAAAGCCGGCACGUCGAUCUACACGCGCUUCAUCCAGCUCUGCGGCGGCGAGUCCGCCGUCAAUCCCGACACUGUCCUCUCCCAGACCGCCGCCCAGCUCCGCCAAAUCGGUAUCUCCGGCCGGAAGGCCAGCUACCUCCACGACCUGGCCAAGAAGUACAAGAAUGGGAUUCUUUCGGAUGCUGCCAUUGUGAGUAUGGACGACAAGUCGUUGUUCACAAUGCUGACCAUGGUCAGCGGCAUUGGCUCUUGGUCUGUGCACAUGUUUAUGAUAUUCUCGCUGCACCGCCCGGACGUGCUUCCGGUGAACGACUUGGGGAUCAGGAAAGGUGUGCAGCUGCUGUAUGACCUGGAGGAGCUGCCGAGGCCGUCGCAGAUGGACCAGCUGUGUGACAAGUGGCGGCCGUAUAGGUCUGUGGCUGCUUGGUAUCUGUGGAGGUACGUCGAGUCGAAAGGAGCUUCUUCUACUGCGGCGGCGGUUGCGGCAGGUGCUAUAGCGUCAGUGCCGCAGCAGGAGGAGGAACAACAACAGCAGCAGCAGCAGCAGCAGCAUCCUCAGCAACAGCAGCUUAUGGAUUCGCUCAGCAGCCUGAUUAAUAUUGGGGCCUGUACCUGGGGACCGUGACUGUGAGUGAAAUUGUGAAGUUUGUCUGUUACUUAUCUUCAUCCAUUUGGAGCGACAGAAGUACUUAACAGCAGUGCAAGACUGAUUAUCAGUGUGGAAAUAUGGUUUUCUGCUAGAAGUGCUGGCAUUCAAGGCUUGUGAGGAUGAGAGUACAUUGAUAUGUUCAGUAAUUAUGAGUUUGGAUUAAUAAAUGUCAUCUAGGUUUGUUAUUUCUUAGUUUGAAAGACAUUGGUUUUAAGUUCUCGUACAGGACUUACUAUAGACUGCAAUGCUUUUGUGCUUUGCCUCUAGGUUUGGCAUAAAAAGCACAAAAUCAUCCUCCUUCUAGAUGUAUGUGGUAUGGCACUCUUGGUGAUUGUGGCUCAAGUAGUUAAGUCUACACCACAUUACCGAUUUUGAUUGCCUGAAGCACCCGA